AUGUCUUCGGAUCCAAAACCACAACCGCGCAAGCGUGGUCGACCCGCAAACGCGUCCAAAUCUGCUGCCACCAGCGCGUCGCAAGAUCGUCCUGAUGAGUACGAAGCCGAUAAUGAAGAACCUGUGCUACCGAAGCAGCGGGGGCGACCAAAGAAAUUAGCUCAAGAGGAUGCGACAGAAGAGACAGUGGCUCAGGAGGACAAACCUCGAAAGAAGCGCGGCCGACCGUCUCUGGAAGACAAGAAUGCGGAAAAGACAACAGAAGAUGCGCCAAAAUCGAAGAAACAACGGGGUCGACCCUCGCUAGAGAGAAACCAGGACGAACAAGAACCAGGGCCGGAAGCAAUAGAGAACGGGAUAUCACAGAAACGAAAGCGCGGCCGUCCUGCGCUCAGGAAGAACAAAAACGAUGAUGCGCCAGAGCCCGAGCCUGAGCAGGAGACUGUAGAGGAAGAAGCGCAAGCGAAGAAAAAGCGCGGCCGUGCUAAGAAGAACCAAGACAUCGAAGAACCCGAGCAACAGCCAGCAGAGACCGAAAAACAACCCAAGAGGAAACGCGGUCGCCCUGCUCAGGAAAAGGACCAGAAUGAUAAAGAGCCUGAACAAGAAGUGGCUGACGAUUCUGAGAAACAACGGCGCAAGAAAAAUACAAAGGGAAACCAAGUGGAACAGCCAGAUGGGCAGCAAGAAGAGGAACUUGAACCAGAGCCAGAAGGAGCUCAACCAGCUCCCCGCAAAAAACGCCAACGCAAAGCGCCAGAACCCGAACCCGAGCCCGAGGACCAAGAGCCAGAGGAAGAGGAGCAGCAGAGCAGACGAAGCCCACGAAACUCCUCUAGCAAUGACAGGGAAGAUAUAAAUAAUAAGGGGCGCAAGGCGGGAAAGUCCAAGAAGACAUCACAAGAAAACACAGAGGAUCAGCAACCCGAUGAUGCUACCAAGAAGCGCGAACGACGAAAAGGAGGGAAGCCGCAAGCUAAAGAGGCCGAUGAACCUGAACCCGAACCCGAACAGCAACAACAAGAUACCAGCAAGAAGAAGCGUCGCAACAAGAAUGAUGUGCCCUCCGACUCGGAUGAAUCCCUUCCCUCACCACCAAAACCAUAUCUUCACAUCGCUCCUUUCAAGCGCACAAUUCGCUCCUCCCACAUCGCCGCAAAAUGGUCUCCCCUGACCGGAUCAUCGCUCCCUGCAGCAACGUCCAUCCUCACACUCGCUCAACGACCCAUCCUGCAGCGAACAGCCACAACCCGCAACCGACGUGACCAUGCGACCGCGGCCCUAAACCUCGUUUCCCGCCGUAUAGAGCGCAAACUCGACCGCGGUGUCCCCUUCCCGCCUGCGUCAUCGAAGACAAGUACUCGGCGACCUGCAGAUGCAGACGGGGGUCGCGCGAUGGAGCUCGAUUUCGAAGCAGUGCUCGAUGGGAAGCAGGCUUUAGAGAGACAGCUCCACCCGGGAAAACAUGCGGUGGAGUUGUUGAAGGCUGAGAGGGAUAGGAUGGAGAAGGAGCUUGAGAAUGACUACGCGGAGUUAAGAGGUUUAGAGGCAAAUGCGAGGGCGCAGAUGAGAGAGCGCAAAGAUUUGUUUCGAAGAGCGCAUGUUCUGGCACCGACUUCACCGCCUAAGAAACAGGCCCAGGAUACACAAUUCGUGGCCAACAAGGACGAGGGAAGUCUUAAAGAACUACUCGAUACAUCCCUCGAGCCUAUUGCGCUUCAACUCGCCGGUCACGUUGAUAGCAUCCGUGGAAACCUUCAGCAGGCUGAGGGUGUCACACCACAACUCAACCGUACAAAGGCAGCGUUGCAAGAGGCGUUGCAGCAGUACCUGGAUAGCGAUACCUAUGAGCAGAUCCUCCUUGGAUAA